GUUACAGAGAGUAGAAGCCAAUAGCGGGCAACAAAGAGAAUAAAAAGAAGGGAACUUUGCUCUCUUAAUUUAUUUUUUCUCCUUCAUUUCCCCUCUGCUCUCCUUUCUUUCCGUGAUCAUUUUGGGACCACGUUUCCUCCCAGCCAGACCAUUUUGCUCGGUUUGGGUAUUUUUUUGUUGUUGAUUUUUUUUUUAAUUUAUUUUAUUUUCAAAUUUGUGUCUGCGGCAAGAAAUCAGUGUGAAAGCCAAGUGAUCUGGGAGCUAUUGGAGGGGAGGAAGCGACAAGCCGUCUUGGGCGCUAGCUGCUCUUCCUACUGCAGGGGCGGGGGGGGGCUGUGAGGGGCUGGCGGGUCCCAGCUGCAGACAGGGGGUGACUGUAGCUUUAGCCUCCUGGGCUCGCCUCCUCUGUUAGGGGGGCGAGCGGUUGGGGCUUGAGCCUUCUGCUCUGAACCUCCGUGGCAGGGGUCUGUCCUGGUCUCCCCUCUCCUGUGUUGGGGGGCGAGUGCUUGUGACUCCCCCCUCCUGUGGCGGGGGGCGGCUCUGCCCCGGGCUAGGUGCGCGUGUGGCUGCGGCUCUGUCCCUCUCCUGCUCUCUCUGCUACUGCUCCUCGUCCCCUCUCCAGCCCCCCCCUGCGCUUGUUGCUAUGGUGUCGCGGCUCUGCGUGCUGUGGGCAGUGGCAGCGCUGGCGCUGCUGAGCCGGCGGGCGGUGGCGGUGGGGCCGGUGGUGCGGUGCGAGCCCUGCGACUCGCGGGCGCUGGAGCAGUGCAAGCCGCUGGCGCCCGAGUGCUCCGAGCUGGUGCGGGAGCCGGGCUGCGGCUGCUGCUUGACCUGCGCCCUGCAGGAGGGGCGCCCGUGCGGGGUCUACAGCGAGCGCUGCGGGGCCGGGCUCAGCUGCCAGCCGCGCCGAGGAGAGCUCAGACCCCUGCAGGCGCUGCUGGAGGGCAGGGGGCUUUGCACCAACGUGACCACGGGCAGCAAGCUGAGGACCUUCCUGCUGCAAGGAGUAGGACCACAUGUUCCAGGAAAUUCCAGUGAUUCAGAAGAAGACCAGAAUGCCAGUAGCAUAGAGAAUCAGGCCAUCCCUAACUCUCCCAGGGUGUCAGAUUCCAAAUCACAUCCACAUCACACCAAAAUAGAUAUCAUCAGGAAAGAACAAGCCAAAAAUACACAGCGGUACAAAGUGGAAUAUGAUUCACAAAGUACAGAUACACUGAAUUUCUCUUCUGAAUCCAAACAAGAGACUGAAUAUGGUCCCUGCCGUAGAGAAAUGGAAGAUACAUUAAAUCACCUAAAGAUCCAGAAUGUCUUGAGUCCAAGAGGAUUCCAUAUUCCAAAUUGUGACAAGAAGGGAUUUUACAAGAAAAAGCAAUGCCGCCCAUCCAAAGGCCGAAAGAGAGGCUAUUGCUGGUGUGUGGAUAAAUAUGGACAGCCACUUCCUGGAUAUGAUGGGAAAGGAAAAGGAGAUGUCCACUGCUACAACUUGGAAAGCAAAUGAGGGGCUGGUGCCAUCUCCUGUGGAAUCUGUGUGUGGCAGUUCAACCCAUCAGAGACCUUGGAGUGACUGGGGAAAAAGCAUGGACUGCAUUGGACUUGGAGUUACAAGUUCUGCCUCCUACUGAUAUUGGGGGAUUCAUUGACUCUAUGGACUCUGCAGCUGCACCCUGUCACUGACACACUUCCCACUUUCUAUAGAACAUAGGGAGCUCUGAAUUCCCAAGUAAAUCUGCACUAUUUAUCCCCAGAAAGAAAAAAAGGCACUUCAGAAUGGAUUCAGGGAGUCUCCACUGACUUUUUAAAAUAACGGCCUGUGACCAAUUUGAUCCCGAAAGAUACUGUAUUUUAUUUUAAAGAAUUUAUAGAUUGUAAGCUUGUAAAAAUAUUAAAAAAACCCAAGGAUUUAAAGUUUAAGCUUUUUCUAUACAGGUCUGACGGGACACUUAUCUUCACGGGUAAAAUGUUUUAUAAAAAUCUCAAAGAACUUUUUAAAGAAACGUGUUUCUAAAAUAAAGACAUGGCUAUUUUUUUCUGUAAAGUAUAUUAUGAAUAUUCUGUUAGUCUGUAUUUAAUAUAAUUGUUUUUUAAUAAACGUUAUUUAAAUGUAACAUGUGAAUACCAAAUGUUACACAUUCA